AUGGCUCGGAGGGGAUCGUCAAAGGUUAGAAGUAGAGCUAGGGAAUUGUCGAAAAACGAUCGGAUCACUCGAUUGCCAGAUGGUGUGAUUCAUCACAUAUUUUCGUUCAUAGAUACUCGAUCUGUCGUUCGAAGUAGUCUUCUAUCACAAAGCUGGAGAAAUACAUGGAAAUCCCACUCGCAUUUGAACUUUGAGAUUGGGCCAUAUCCCGAUCAGGCAAGUAGCUCUAACUUUCCCAAAUUUGCGCACCGAUUUCUAUCUAAGCGUGAUGACGUUACCGAGCUUUCCACCAUCGAUUUCCGAUCAAAUUCCAUCACUCUUCGGCUUCUCAGAAAGAUCGUAAUCUACGCAAUGUCGCACAGGACGCGAAAGCUAAAGAUUGAAUUCUUGGGUGAUAAGCAAACACGACGUGGUGGAUUCGAUUCAUCUUUGUUUAGAUCUCGAUAUCUCGAACACCUUGUUUUGAGCAUCGAUUUUGGGCUUAAAAUAAGUCCGUCGCUGACAUGGGAUUUUCCAGCAUUGACCACUUUGACUAUUAAACGUGUUACAUUCACGUUACAACUUCCUAACGGUGAUGCUAGUAGGUCUAUUGAUUUGUUUUCCCGAUUUCCGAAUCUAAAAACUCUUGCUUUGGAUGGUUGUACGUUAUCUAAUAUCGAUACUUUCAUAAUCAAGUCGAGUGAAUUAGAGAGUCUAUCGUUGAUAUGUAUUAAUCAAUCGUGUGAGUUUGUGGUCUCAGCACCAAAGCUUUCUUCGUUCGCCUAUAAUGGCAUUGCUAGGUUUUUGUUAUCCACUAAAGAUCUUUGUUCAUUAAAAACUGUAAAUUUCCAAACAAUCUAUCAUAGAUCUAUUCAGGGGCAACCGAUGUUUAUUGAGCUGUUGAUCAACACUUUUCAACAACUCUGUAAAGCAAAGUCUCUUACCUUAAACUUAGACGCCGUGAGGCUUCUUUCUAAGUUCCCGGAAUUGCGUGAAAGACAAAAUUGCCCUUUCACGAGUUUGGAAAGUUUGACUUUGGUUUCACGCCACCGACUACCGAAAUCCUUGACUGCGUUUGCCAGUGUUCUCGAUUAUUUCAGUCGCAGCUCUCCCGCUCUUAAGGUUCAUAUCGAUUUGAAUCCAAAACCAUUGCUGUUCCGUUAUUAG